AUGUCGCUCUACUUUCCCCCGCUUUCUACUGCCCCACAGGAGGACAAGAAAAGCCCUUACCGAGACAACGGGCCCCUCCCUCGGGCUCGCUCCCGGUCGAGCUCCUCGUUCCUGCGCGAGAACGACAGCGACAACGACACUGCAGCAGCCGGGCUGUUGUUGAACGGCAGCGUUCACCGCGUCGAACCGCAAGCCGGACUGUGCGUUGCGUUUGAGCGGGCCGUGGCCCAGGUCCCAGGUCCUCCGGGACAUUUUGCUGAAACUCUGUUGCUGACAUGGUAA